AUGGAGAAUCUUACGCUCAGGAUGUUGAAGAAAACUGCAACCGAGUUCCCAAACAAGAGAGCUCUUUCUGUUUCUGGGAAACUAGACCUCACACAUGCUCAAUUGCAAGAACUCAUCGAUCACGCCGCUUCUCUUCUUAUCGCCUCUGGUAUUAAGCCCGGCGUUGUCGUCGCUCUCACUUUCCCUAAUACCGUCGAGUUCGUGAUAAUGUUUUUGGCGGUUAUUCGAUGUCGAGCCACUGCGGCGCCGCUAAAUGCGGCUUACACUGCGGAGGAGUUCGAGUUUUAUCUCUCCGACUCAGAAUCAAAGCUUCUAUUAACACCAUUAGACGGCAACAAAGCGGCUCAAGCCGCCGCUUCCAAACUCAACAUCCCUCACGUGACCGCCACGCUCCCUGAGUCCAAUUCCAAAAUUACGCUAUCAUCAUCCACCGGAGCGGAGCCAAAUCCUGACGCGGUCGCUCAACUCGUCAAUAGCGCGUCCGACGCGGCACUCUUCCUCCACACCUCUGGCACAACCAGCCGCCCAAAAGGAGUCCCCUUGACUCAACUCAAUCUGGCUUCCUCUGUUUUGAAUAUUAUCUCAGUGUAUAAACUCACCGACUCAGACUCCACCGUUAUCGUAUUGCCAUUGUUUCACGUUCACGGUUUACUGGCUGGUUUACUCAGCUCACUCGGCGCGGGAGCCGCCGUCACUCUCCCCGCAGCCGGCCGUUUCUCGGCUUCAACGUUUUGGUCAGACAUGAACUCGUACAACGCGACGUGGUACACGGCGGUCCCCACAAUACAUCAAAUCGUCCUAGACCGCCACGAGAGCAAGCCCGAGCAGGCUUAUCCCAAGCUGAGGUUUAUUAGAAGCUGCAGCGCCUCUUUGGCGCCGAGUAUAAUGUCUAGACUAGAGGAGGCGUUUGGCGCGCCGGUGCUUGAGGCUUACGCAAUGACAGAGGCGUCUCAUUUGAUGUGUUCGAACCCGUUACCCCAAGACGGUCCGCAUAAGGCCGGUUCGGUUGGGAAACCGGUUGGACAGGAAAUGGCUAAUCUUGAUGAGCAGGGUAAUAUACAAGCCGCUGGUGAAAAAGGGGAAGUUUGCAUCAGGGGACCUAAUGUGACUAAGGGUUAUAAAAAUAAUCCUGAAGCCAACAAGACCGCUUUUCAGUUCGGGUGGUUCCACACAGGAGAUGUUGGGUUUAUUGAUGCUGAUGGAUAUUUGCAUUUGGUGGGUCGGAUCAAGGAGCUCAUCAACCGUGGAGGGGAGAAAAUAUCACCCAUCGAAGUGGAUGCGGUCCUUCUGUCACAUCCAGAUAUUGCUCAAGCCGUUGCCUUUGGGGUUCCUGAUGAUAAAUAUGGUGAAGAGAUUAAUUGUGCUGUGAUUCCAAAGGAAGGAUCAAACAUAGAUGAGCAAGAGGUGCUGCGAUUCUGUAAGACGAAUCUUGCAAGUUUCAAAGUGCCCAAGAAGGUCUUUAUCACUGAUUCAGUGCCUAAAACUGCGACUGGGAAGAUCCAGCGCCGUAUUGUAGCAGAGCAUUUCUUAGCUCAAGUCUCCACAGCUAAAGUUCCCAAGUUUGGAGCUUAAGCAAACGCAGUUCUCCAACGUUUUUCAAUAUACUACAACAUUUAUUAUAAUUGUGGUAUAUUUAUUGUAUACAGAUUCAUGGGUGGUUCUUCUAAACUAGAAAAAAUAUGAUUAUUUUAUUUAUACAUUGUUGUUUUUGUUUCUUCAA